AGAUAUUUUAAAAUGUCAUCCGCCAAUGAAGACCUAUUGAGUUUAAAUAAAGAAACAAAUACUAUAGUUGAUACUAUUGUUACAUCAAUUGUAAAAGAAGAAAAUAAGGGAAUCGCAUGUAUAAAAAAAGAAUAUAUCAUUGAAAGACAUGUACCUAAGUUGGCCAUAAAUUGUAUUUCUGAAUCAGAUAAAAACCAACUAAAUGAAGAUGAACCCCCUUCUAAAAAACAGAAAUGUUCUAAAAGUGUAUUAAAAGGUCAAAAUAAAUCUAGAAAUAGUACUUAUUAUCAGAUUCCACAAGAACAUUUAUGCUCAAAUCUUGUUGAUGGUUCAGAAAAAGAUUCUUGUUUACAUGAUAAAUGUAAAUUCUUACACAAUAUCACUGAGUACUUAGAAAAAAAACCUGAUGAUAUUGGCCAAACAUGUUAUGUUUAUUCUAUUAAGGGCCGUUGUCCUAGAGGACUGACCUGUAGAUUUGGAAGUAGCCAUAUUGAAAGUGGUAAAAAUGUUAUAGACCAAAUUAAAUAUGAAACGUGGAUUAAAAAUGAAAUUAGUUAUAAAACAUUAAGUAAAGAAAAUAUGUUAAAAUUACGAAAAAAAUUAUACGAUUUUACAAAAAGUGAAGAAGCAGUUAAAAAAAUUGAUAAGGAUAAAGACUUGGGACCUUUAAUUGAAGAAAGUUCUAAAAAGAUAAAUUGGAAAAAUAAACUAUACUUGGCCCCUUUAACUACAGUUGGUAAUUUACCUUUUCGUAGAAUUUGUAAAGAAUUUGGGGCUGAUAUAACCUGUAGUGAAAUGGUUCUAUCAUCAAGUUUGUUACAAGGACACAAUCAAGAAUGGGCAUUAACUAAAAGACAUGAAACAGAAGAUAUAUUUGGUAUUCAAGUAUGUGGUAAUAAUCCAUACAUGUUAUCUAAAAGUGCACAAGUCCUACAAGAAAAUGUUGAUAUGGAUUUCUUAGACUUGAAUUUAGGAUGUCCGUUAGAUCAAAUUUAUAAACAAGGCGCUGGUAGUGGAUUAUUACUUAGAAGUAAGAAAUUAGAAGUAUGUCUGAAAAGUAUGAGAACGAUCCUUGAUGUACCUCUUACAGUAAAAACUCGCUCAGGUGUUAAUAAAGAUCAAAAUGUUGUUCAUGAUUUAAUACCAAUGUUCAAAGAUAGUGGAGUUUCCCUUAUAACAAUUCAUGGAAGAUCAAGAGACCAAAGAUACACUAAACUGGCUGAUUGGAAUUAUGUUAAUGAAUGCGCAAAAAUAGCAAGUCCAGUACAAGUAUUUAGCAGUGGAGAUAUAAUGUCUUAUGAAGAUUAUAUUGAUUCAAAACUGCAAUUUCCAGACAUAACUGGUGCUAUGAUUGGCCGUGGAGCUUUGAUAAAGCCUUGGAUAUUUAAAGAGCUAAAAGAAAAUCGUCAUUGGGAUAUAAGUAGUAAUGAACGAUUGGAAAUUUUAAAAAGAUUUGUUAAAUAUGGUCUUGAACAUUGGGGUAGUGAUACUCGAGGUGUGGAAACAACAAGAAAGUUUUUAUUGGAAUGGCUGUCAUUUUGUUACCGAUACAUUCCUGUAGGAAUUUUAGAACGUGUUCCUCAAAAAGUAAAUGAAAGACCACCCAAUUACAAAGGAAGAGAUGAUUUAGAGACAUUAAUGGCUAGUGGAAAUUGUGCUGAUUGGAUUGAAAUAAGUAAAAUGUUACUUGGACCAGUACCUGAUAGAUUUCAUUUUCUACCUAAACACAAGGCCAAUUCUUGGAAAUAGUUAAUUUAUGUUAUUUUUAAUAAUUACUUAAA